AUGAGAAACCGCACAAUAACAACUUUUAUCUUGCUAGGAUUAACAGAUGACCCACAACUGCAAAUCCUACUUUUCAUCUUUCUAUUUAUUACUUACAUACUGAGUGUAGCGGGGAAUCUCAUUAUUAUCACCCUCACUUUGUUGGACUCACAUCUUAAAACUCCCAUGUACUUUUUUCUCAGAAAUUUUUCAUUCUUAGAAGUCUCCUUUACUACUGCUUGUAUUCCUCGGUUCCUGUAUAGUAUAUCAACAGGCGAUAAUACAAUUACUUAUAAUGUCUGCAUCACUCAAUUAUUUUUUGCUAUUCUCUUUGGAGCAACAGAGUUUUUUCUUUUGGCCGCCAUGUCCUAUGAUCGUUAUGUUGCUAUUUGUAAACCCCUUCAUUACAUGACCAUUAUGAGCAAUCGUAUAUGUUUCAUAUUAGUCCUUUCCUGUUGGGUCUCUGGUUUGUUAAUCAUUCUUCCACCUCUUAGCAUGGGUCUUGAGCUUGAAUUUUGUGACUCUAAUGUUAUUGAUCAUUUUGCCUGUGAUGCAAGUCCUCUCCUAAAGAUUUCAUGUACUGAUACUUGGGUAAUAGAACAAAUGGUUAUCAUUAUGGCUGUGUUUGCCCUCAUUGUUACCUUUGUGUGUGUAAUUAUUUCUUACAUAUACAUUAUCAGGACAAUUCUAAGAUUUCCCUCUAUCCAACAAAGGAAAAAAGCCUUUUCUACCUGCUCAUCUCAUAUGGUUGUAGUUUCUAUUGCCUAUGGAAGCUGUAUUUUCGUCUAUGUUAAGCCAUCUGCAAAGGAAAAUUUGGCAAUAAACAAAGUAGUUUCGAUUCUUACUAGCUCUGUUGCACCGUUGUUGAAUCCAUUCAUUUAUACCCUAAGAAAUCAGCAAGUGAAGCAGGCCUUUAUAGACACUAUGAAGAGGAUUUCUUUUCUGUAUAAAAAAUAA